AUGGCAUCCAAAUGUGCGCAGAAAGAGAGUCUUUAUUAUGCAGUUUUGGAAUUUAUAUUCAAAUAUCUGCCAGGUCUGUUGCUGGGAUUGUGUUCACUUGCGGUUUUUGGUAUGUUUCAUCCUUAUUCCACUAGUACAAUUUUGUAUGUGAGCACUUUUCAAUCAAUUAUUUUUCAGUAAAUUUAUUUCUCCUUCUAAUAACAACUAUUGGGAUUCGAAGGAAAAAAGUUCCGGCCAAGCGAUUACUGUUUGUGGCCAACAGAUCAGUUGUUGACGCCAUAGCUGCGGCUGUUUCUCUGGUAUAUUUAUAUAAAGUAGAGAUUCAAUGUGAUGUUGUGGAAUGCAAAACUGUUGCAUUCGUUCCGGAUAUUGCUAUGCAGGUAAGUAUUGGGAAAUAUACAAAGUGGGCGUUACAGUAAGGUAAUUAUGAUUACUUAACACUUGAAUGCAAACACUACCUUUUAUGAAAACAAUGGUAAUGUCAUCGGAUUUGCGGUUCUUUAAUUAAUCCGAAGCUAAGUGAGAUGGAACAUGAAUGUUUAAUUGAAAGACCUGACCGCGAUUAGAGUACGUAGAUAAGCGAGUUUUGUACGAAAAUCUUUGGAAUUAAUGCCAUCAAGAGAAUACGUCAGACAUACGUAGUAGUCGGGCUCGAAAAAAAAAUUAUAAUGUAUUCCUAAGGAUUCUAGACAAAUAAGGCCUUCGUAUAACAAAAAAAUAUAUAUAUACGUUUUUGCUUUUGUACUUUUAAAAAGAAAUAAUUUUUAGCUGAUAGUGACGUUCAACUAUUGGAUGCUGGCUGGAAGUUACUUCGGCAUUGGAAUGCUCACCUUUUAUGCAGUCCGCACUCCGUUACAGUACAAACUCUCUCUAAAUGUAGCCAGAGUUGCAAAGUUUAUCGCCCUCGGCUGGGUCGUCAUGAUUGGUCUUCUUUGUCUCGUCGUAUUCGCUACAGAACAACAGACAAUGUUUGAUUCGAAUGGGAUGAUGUAUAUGAUGAGAAAUCAAUAUUAUGGCCUUCUGGGGGAGUGGAUGGUCGCUUUAUGUGAAAAAGUAAUCGACAAAUCAAUGAUGGAGACCGGGGCGAUCUCCCUGAUCUUACCCAUCUGCAGCUAUGUGACGACUCUACUCAGCUAUGGAUUUGUAAGUUUGAGAUUAAAUUUUGGACCAAAAAAACUCAAAGAUUACUCAGAGCCGUUCCGACUUUUUUUUCUAAAUUUAAAAGAAGAUGUAAUGACUUAAUCCCUUGCUUCCUAAUCCUGACAUAGUAUUUGAUUCCUCGGGUUUCUGGUUGCACAGCAUGUUCCGAGAAGGAGGGCAUGAAUUUGUGGAGUGUUUUAUGUCUGUUUAUAAUUAACGGAAAUGUCAGCGGAAGAGACCAGUAAUCUCUUUGUUAACAGACACUAGAGUUUACAGAAAUUGAAUGUUAUUUUAAGGUAGCUCUGGUUCUAUUCCGUCGCCGGCAAGAUCGUCGAAAUGUUUCGUCACUCAACAGAGAUCACACAGCCAUCUGGAGACUUGGAGUUCAUCUGGGAGUAUUCACAUUCAGCUUUUGUUUAAUGGCCGUCGCUUAUGCCGCCACCUUCCCAAUGGCCGAAAGUUGCUUUAAUUGGUCAGAACUGUUGAUGGAGAACCAUCAAGCUACAAUUGACGGUCAUAACGUGGAUGAUGACAAUUGUUCCCUCGAGCAUUUGUAUGCCUUCACAAGAUAUGCCGUACUCACGUCUUUGGCCAGCAUUGGAUGGUUUUUGAGGAUGUCUUUGGACCCUCUGAUUGACACUGUAAGUUCAAUAUCCAAGAAUAUGUGAUAGCUCAGAGUUUAUGGAUUAUAUGCAUGAAUUUCUGAACUCUAAAAGAUUAGCCGCAGUUAUUGUGGGAAGUCUAGAAAUGUCAUUUUCUCCGUAGUUAUCCUGCAAGCUAUAAAUAAGAGGGACCAGUGCCGAGAUCUCCGUAUUACUCACACAAUGGUAUUACUAACCCUUAUCCAUUGUUUGAAACGCAUAUCAUCCCCCAGAAAUCCCGCUAAAACGUCGUAACACUUAUUUCACAAGGCCAUGUAAAAGAUAAGUAGCAGGUAGCCUGGGAAGGGGGGGGGGGGAAGGCCUGAGACAGCAAAGAGUGAUCUCCAAACUCAACAGAUUUGAAUAAAAACACAAAGAUUACUAUUUACAGGUUUUGGACACCCACAUCCGGAGAUUAGUGAUUGCUCCGAGGCCUUUGGAACGGGCCUCGACUACCAUGUUGUUGGAGAACCGUCUUUCUAAUGACACAGGGAAGGCGUGA